AAAAAAAAGGAAAAGCAACGAACACAAAGACAAGGGUGGCGGUUUUCCUCUCUGGCGAUCUCUUCUCUCUCCCUCUCUCGCUCGCCAUUCAAUCCCUAAUUCGAUCCUUGAGUGGGAUGGGGAGAGGGAUGUGAGAUUUGGAAUUGGGGGGGGAGUGGAUUCCUUGUUGGCGUUUUGGAUUUUGUAUGAAUUGAAUGGAUUUGGAUAGCAUUGAGUGCAUCCCAUCGUCGCAUGGGAUCGAUGACGAGGAGCAGGAGAGUGUUCAUCACCCAUUCGUGAAGAUUGGGUCGGCUGGAUGUAACGGAGGCGGCGGCGGCGGCGGCGGCGGCGGAGGGGUUGGGAUUGGGGCGGUGCAUGGGUUGCCGCCGGCGACUAGCGUGCAUGAGUUGUUGGAGUGCCCUGUGUGUACUAAUUCCAUGUAUCCUCCGAUUCAUCAGUGUCAUAAUGGGCAUACACUGUGUUCAACCUGUAAAUCAAGAGUGCAUAAUCGUUGCCCUACUUGUCGACAAGAGCUAGGAGAUAUCAGGUGUUUAGCAUUGGAAAAGGUUGCUGAGUCACUUGAACUUCCUUGCAAAUACUACUCGCUGGGAUGUCCCGAGAUCUUUCCAUAUUACAGCAAGCUCAAGCAUGAAGCUCAGUGCAAUUUCAGACCAUACAACUGUCCAUAUGCUGGGUCUGAAUGCUCUGUUGUUGGUGACAUUCCUUCCCUAGUUGCGCAUUUGAGAGAUGACCACAAAGUGGACAUGCACACUGGGUGCACAUUCAACCAUCGCUACGUCAAGUCUAAUCCCCGAGAGGUUGAAAAUGCAACCUGGAUGCUGACUGUAUUCCACUGUUUUGGGCAAUAUUUUUGUUUACACUUUGAGGCUUUUCAGCUCGGUAUGGCCCCAGUGUACAUGGCUUUCCUUAGGUUUAUGGGAGAUGAGAAUGAGGCAAGGACUUACAGCUACAGUCUAGAGGUUGGUGCCAAUGGGAGGAAGCUCAUCUGGGAGGGCACUCCACGUAGCAUUCGAGACAGCCAUCGCAAGGUCAGGGAUAGCCAUGAUGGCCUUAUAAUCCAACGAAACAUGGCACUUUUUUUCUCCGGAGGCGACAGGAAGGAAUUAAAGCUGCGGGUCACUGGUCGGAUAUGGAAAGAACCUCAAAAUCAGGAAACUGGAGCUUGCAUACCUAAUUUGUGUAGUUGAAAUUUGAAAGCUCACACUGGCUUGCACAUAUUGUUGUAUGUCUUGGUUUAUGGUUGUGCUGUAUGUACCACGCCAACUUCUGUUUGUAUCUUUGGCAGUUCUCUUUCCACCCCCUGUACUCUGUAUUUUAACUAUGAUGUGUGUGAUUUUACUGAAAUUUGAGCUCUUGUCACAUGGAUCAAUAAGCUUUUCUUAUUAUCUCUUGUAAGAUGGGAUCUAAAUUGUUUGUUUCGA